AUGGCAACCUCAACACCCCACCAAGAGAACCUCACAUCCUCUAAUGCAUCAUAUGCCUCAACUUUCACCCAAGGGCAUCUCGCUCUUCCCCCAGCAAAGAAAUAUGCCGUCUUAACCUGCAUGGACGCACGUAUCGACCCGGCCGCCGCCUUCGGCAUUUCGUUGGGCGACGCCCACGUAAUCCGCAACGCCGGUGCCAGCGCCCGCGACGCCCUGCGCUCCCUCAUCAUCUCCCAGCAACUCCUCGGCACGCAGGAAAUAUUGCUUGUUAAGCAUACCGGGUGUGGAAUGUUGACAUUUAAGGAUGAGGAUGCUGUGGGGCUUGUGAAGAAGAAUUUGGGAGAGGGAGGUAUUAAGGCUGUCCAACAGGGGUUUAGGGAGGAGUUUUUGACGUUUCCCGACUUGGAAAAUGCGGUUAGGAGCGAUGUUGAGUGGUUGAACCAGAAUAAGGGGAUUCCGGACGGGUUGGUGGUUAGCGGGUGGGUUUAUGAGGUUGAGACCGGGAAGGUGAGGAGAGUCAUUUGA